UUUAGCGUGUGGCCUGAACCACGGAAAAGAAAAGCAGUGCGCCUCUCAAAAGCUCACUACUCUCUCUCACCCCCUGUGUCGUCUUCCUCGACUCUGCUCUUCGCUCUCCACUAUUAUCGCGGUCUUUCUCAAACGAGAAUCACUUCUGAACUCUAAUCAUCUUCAACAAGAUAAUUUGUUACUAAAGUAUUGAAGAGGAAUAAUACCUCAUACUAAAGAAGAUUAUUGACAAGUCUCCUUAGAAGGAAGACUCCAAAGAAGCGACUAGCUAACAAGGUUUUCUAACAUUUUGGGUUCUUUAUCCGGGCAUCAUGGCUCAGAGAGAGGAAAAAGAGCACCCCAAUGGAGCUAAAGAAGAAGAUUUGGAAAGGAAAAAGAAGAAAGAGGAAAAGGCGAGGGAAAAGGAGAUGAAGAAGUUGAAGGCUGCCCAGAAAGCAGAAGCAGCAAAGGCCCAGGCCCAAAAAGGACCAAAUACUUCCAAGAAAAAUGAACGCAAAGCCCUUAGAAAAGAUGCUGAAGAUGAGAACCCUGAAGAUUUUGUAGACCCUGUGACUCCACAUGGCGAGAAAAAGAGACUUUCUCGUGAGAUGGCCAAGCAAUAUAGUCCUAUUGCUGUGGAGGCUGUAUGGUAUGCAUGGUGGGAAAAGUCAGGUUUCUUUGUGGCAGAUGCUAAAAGCAGUAGGCCUCCAUUUGUAAUUGUUCUGCCACCACCAAAUGUGACAGGGGCAUUGCAUAUUGGGCAUGGUCUUACCACUGCAAUUCAGGAUACCAUCAUUAGGUGGCGGAGGAUGAGUGGUUAUAAUGCUCUUUGGAUUCCUGGCAUGGACCAUGCUGGAAUAGCAACACAGGUGGUUGUAGAGAAGAAGAUUAUGCGAGAAAGGCAUGUCACUAGACAUGAUGUUGGAAGGGAGCUUUUUGUGGCUGAGGUGUGGAAGUGGAAGGAUGAAUAUGGUGGCACCAUAUUGAAUCAGGAGCGCAGGCUUGGGGCAUCCCUUGACUGGUCUCGAGAGUACUUUACGAUGGACCAAAACCGAUCAAGGGCUGUGACUGAGGCCUUCGUAAGGCUGUACAAGAAAGGCCUAAUUUAUAGGGAUCAUCGUCUAGUAAAUUGGGACUGUAUCUUGCGGACAGCCAUCUCUGACAUUGAGGUGGACUAUAAGGACAUUAAAGAGCGAACACUUCUGAAGGUUCCUGGAUAUGACAAUCCUAUCGAAUUUGGUGUUUUGACUUCUUUUGCAUAUCCUCUAGAUGAGGGAAUGGGUGAUAUAGUUGUUGCAACAACAAGAGUGGAAACAAUGCUUGGCGAUACUGCUAUUGCUGUACAUCCUGAAGAUAGAAGGUAUACUCACUUGCAUGGGAAAUUUGCAGUUCAUCCUUUCAAUGGGAGGAAACUUCCCAUCAUUUGUGAUGCAGAGCUUGUUGAUCCGGAAUUUGGAACAGGUGCUGUUAAGAUAACCCCAGCUCACGACCCAAAUGAUUUUGCUGUUGGAAAACGUCAUAAGCUUGAGUUCAUUAACAUCUUCACUGAUGAUGGGAAAAUCAAUAGCAACGGGGGUUCUCAGUUUGAAGGGAUGCCACGAUUCAAAGCUCGUGUGGCUGUGAUUGAAGCUUUACAAAAGCAGGGACUUUGCAGAGGUGCUCAAAAUAAUGAGAUGCGCCUUGGAAUCUGUUCAAGAACUAACGAUGUUGUGGAACCAAUGAUAAAGCCACAGUGGUUUGUUGACUGUGCUGACAUGGCAAAAGAAGCUUGUGAUGCUGUUACUGAUGGAAGAAUUGAGAUCAUCCCGAAACAAUAUGAAGCUGACUGGUUCAGAUGGUUGAAGAACAUCCGAGAUUGGUGCAUUUCUAGGCAACUUUGGUGGGGCCACCGUAUUCCAGCUUGGUAUCUAACCCUGGAAGAUGACAUGAUAAAGGAAUUUGGGUUCUACAAUGACCACUGGGUCGUUGGGAUAAAUGAAAAAGAAGCUCAGGCAGAGGCUAAUAACUUGUUCCCUGGGAAGAGGUUUUAUCUUGCACAGGAUCCAGAUGUGCUGGACACUUGGUUUUCAUCUGGACUUGCUCCUAUUUCUUCAUUGGGUUGGCCAGAUGAUACGGAGGACAUGAGGGCAUUUUAUCCAACUUCUGUUCUUGAAACUGGGCAUGACAUUCUCUUUUUCUGGGUUGCUAGGAUGGUUAUUCAAGGAAUGAAACUAGCUGGGGAUGUACCUUUUAAACAAGUGUACUUGCAUCCUAUGAUACGUGAUGCGCAUGGCCGAAAGAUGUCCAAGUCCUUAGGAAAUGUGGUUGACCCACUUGACGUGAUAAAUGGAAUUACCUUGGAGGGUCUGCAAAAAAAGCUGGAGCAGGGUAACUUGGACAAAAAUGAGUUGCUCGUUGCAAGAGAAGGACAGGUGAAGGACUUCCCCGGUGGAAUUGCUGAAUGUGGAGCAGAUGCUCUUCGUUUUGCCCUUGUCUCAUACACUGCUCAGUCAGAUAAGAUAAACUUGGAUAUUCAGAGAGUAGUUGGGUAUCGUCAAUGGUGCAAUAAGUUAUGGAAUGCCAUCCGCUUUGCUAUGAGCAAACUGGGAAGUGAUUAUAUCCCUCCUGAGAAGCUGGUGAUAGAAUCUUUGCCCUUCAGUUGCAAGUGGAUAUUAUCAGUUCUGAAUGGAGCUAUAUCCAGAACCAUUUUAGCCCUUGAGUCUUAUGAUUUCUCUGGUGCGACUAGUGCUGUUUACUCCUGGUGGCAAUACCAACUAUGCGAUGUGUUCAUUGAAGUUAUUAAACCUUUGUUUACCUCUGAUUUGAAGUCAGAGUCCUUAAAGAAGGCAACAAGAGACACAUUGUGGGUUUGUCUUGACAAUGGUUUGCGUCUGCUUCACCCUUUCAUGCCAUUUGUCACAGAAGAGCUAUGGCAGCGCUUGCCCCAACAUGCUGGGAGUAUAUCAAGAAAAGAGUCAAUUAUGAUGUCUGAUUACCCAUCUGUUGUAGAGGAAUGGACUAAUGAAGAAAUUGAAAAUGAGAUGAAUCUUAUCGAAUCAACUGUAAGAUCAAUCAGAUCACUCCGGACGCUGUUGCCUCCAAAUGAAAGGCAUGAAAGGCGACCAGCUUUUGUUCUGUGCAAGACAAAUGCAGUGGCUGGUAUCAUUAAACAACAUGAGUUGGAGAUUUCAACCCUGGCAACCCUAUCAUCUAUAAAGGUUUUAACGGAAAAUGAUGCCACCCCAGUGGGGUGUGCAGUUAACAUUGUGAAUGAACACCUCUCUGUUUAUCUGCAAGUACAAGGAUUUUUAAAUGCAGAAGCUGAACGCGAAAAGCUCAGGAAAAGAAAGGAGGAACUACAAAGACAUCAGGAAAACUUGGCACAAAGGAUGUCAGCUCCUGGUUACGAGGAAAAGGUUCCCCAGCACAUUCAGGAGGACAAUGUUGCAAAACUAAAUAAGCUUAUGGGAGAACUCGAGAUUGUGGAGGAAGCUCAGGCUAACUUGGAUCAUACGCUUGCAGAUGGAAACUGAGGAUGCUGGGGAUUGAAACCACUAACAAUUGUUUCCACAGUAGUCGGUUGCAUCCCCAUUCUUGACUAUUUUGUUCAGAUUUUGUCCUUAAUUUGAGAAUAAUUAUUUUUCCAUUCUUUGAUGAUUAUGAACAAUUAUUAUUGUACCAGAGUAGUAAAUUAUUUACCAAGUAUAUCUAUUGGGAAAAGAUUUUUGAUUGUCUGA